AAGUGGUCGUUGUGUUGUUGCACCACAGAGCUGCUGUCAUGUGAUAGCUCGUCCGAGGAGCUGCUGUUGACAGUAGCUUCCUACCUUUAGAUGAAGCUAAAGUAAAACCACGCAGGAGAGAAGUUUUAUGUUUGUUGGUGAAGAUAAACACGGCUCGUUUCUGACGGAGAACAGGGACGCUGGGGUUGUGUAGUUUCGCCCCUCGGACGCUGUCAUGGGUUGCUGUUACAGCAGCGAGAACGAGACCACAGAGCAGGACCCUGAUGAACGUAAACCACUGAUCCCCCACCCGAACCCUGUCAGCAAACCCCCAAAUGGGACGGACUGGAUUACUACCAGUGUCCCCUCAGCGCGGACAGAUGAACAGGCCCUCCUUACAUCCAUCCUCACCAAGACAGCACAGAACAUCAUUGAUGUCUCCGCAGCUGACUCUGUCAUGAUGGAGCAGCACGAAUACAUGGACAAAGCUCGGCAAUACAGUACCAAGCUGGCUGUGUUGAGCAACAGUCUGCCCCAGAAGAAAGCCCUCGCUCUCCCCUCUCUCACCAGCCAGCCCCACCAAGUGCUUGCGAGUGACCUGGUGCCGUACGCAGAUGUUCAGCAGGUGUCCAAGAUAGCAGCUUACGCUUACAGUGCAAUCUCUCAAAUCAAAGUGGAUGCUAAAGAAGAACUGGUGGUCCAGUUUGCCAUUCCCUGAUUCUGCGACUCUGGCCCGCAUAUUGUUCCUCCCACCCCGCUCUCUCUAUGUCACUUCUGCAUACUCACCCUCUAGCAACCCUUUAUUAAAGCAUCUUGGUCCUUGUGCUUCUUAGCUAUGCCUCUAACUGCUACAAAGACAGAGACGAUGUAGGAUUGCACCCUAUGGCUGUCCUUUAGUGUAUUUAAUUAUGAGUCAGUGACAAAUUGUCAUCAUGGGCAGUGGAAGAUGGUCUCCUGUAGGUGGGCCAUUGGGGUGUGAUCUCAUAUUUACAACAACAAAGCCUCCUCUGUUCGUAAUGUGUGGAUCACAGGCUUUGUCAGAACCAGAUGUGGAAAAAGCAUCAUUCAUCCUUCUCGGUGAUCUCUCUAACCCCUUUUUAAAAAAAAAAAUGGUUUUCAGGGCGGUCUCAGUAUCUUUUAUUUUGUUAGUUUCCCGAGCCUGUAUACUCAGGCAAGCAAGGCUAGCUCCACACCCCAGACUGUUGCAAAGUGCAAAGGCAUGAAAGAAUGUAUAGUGUAUUCACCUGGGACAGAGCUGUAGGAUUUUUGGCACAAGGCAUUGGCUAUUGGUGUGUAUAUACUUGAAACAAUCUCCACUGGAACAGGAGAAAUUAGGAAUCUCUCUGGCAUGGAAGAAUGGAAAUUAUCACAGUACCAUAGGUGCAAGUGCAAUGGUUAAGUAUUUCAGCCAUUUACCGGGAUAAAAACUUGCAAUAUGGCUUAAAGUUUGCACUUCAUAUGUCUUUAACUCUGUUCAGUAGUAUUUCUCCUUGCACAGCAAAAGAAUAUGUAAAAAUUGGAGCCAAAAAAAGGAGAAUGUGUUUUCUCUUAAGGUUAAGAUGUCAUCAUAAUUUAGAAGGUUGUAACACUAUGGUCCUGAUGUAUGCUGGCAAGAUUUGAGCAUCAAACAUCCCACAGUAAUCUGGUGUCACCCUGUACCAAUAACCAUGUCUUACUACAACCUAAACAUGAACCAGUAAACCCACCUGACUUUAGUAAAUUUCAUUCACAUUUCACUGUAAAAAUGUUUAAAAACGGACAGUGAAACAGGUCAUGUUGGUUAUUUGUUGUCCAGUGUGUAAUCCAUUAUUCCAGUUGAGGCCAAAUCAUGAGUGACCUGUCCAUGGCUGGUGUCCUCUGGUGGGUGAGGAUGCAAACACAAGCAGGGGGGUGCUGGGCGGGCCUACUAAUGUCACUGUGGGCGGGAAAAGAUGGAGCUUUCUCGAGUUUACAGACAGUAAUGUGUCCUCUGCGGUUUUCUAGCACUAACAGAAUAAGCUGGCAGACUCUUAAUUUCAAAUCCCAGAACUUCAUAUAUUUAAUAGCAGUGGAGACAUACCGAGAUGGAGGGGUGUGGAGGGUGCAGGGACAGAUAUUGUGUAUUCAUGCCUUCUUUCUACAGAAUUUUCUGAUUGAAUAUAGAAACAGAUGAUGGAUUGUAUGAAAUUCCUCUUUUCAUAGAGAGUUCAUUGGUCGGGAUUAGAUAAGAUCUUGUGGUGAUAAUGAACGUUUUUAUGAAACACAACACUUUUAAGGCUUGCGUUUGUUAGCUUUUAAACAAAGCUUUUCCCUGCAGAUUGUAAUAUGAUUGAGUUGUUCAUAUUAAUCAGAAACUAACCAUUGUAGCAAUGUGGGAGAGCUAUGUACCACCGCAGAUAAAAUGAUCCUAGACUUUUUUGUGAUUAUUUAUUUGUGUUUUUAAAUGUAUAUUUGCUCUUCGGAGGAGAGCACGACUGUAUGCGUGGGCAGGGAGCACAGUGAGCCGCUCUUGAGUCUCUAAAGGGAUGAUCUGCAAGGCUGUGAUUAUUUCAACCACGCAAUUGAUUUGAGCUUUUUGCAAUGGGUUCUUGGCAUUUUUUUUUUUUCUGUUUUGUUUGUUACUCAAAUGUGUUAUACUACCUGAAAUAUGUUUGUAAUAUCUUAGGCUAGUACCAAAAGGUUUUUAAGAUUUUCUUUUGUUUGUUUUUUGGUUUAAUUAAUCCAUUAAAAAUUUUCAACAUAA